CUGCGCCGCGGCUGAUGGAGUGCCGAUCUGCCGCCGUGUCGUUCCUCAGCUGGGCGCUGGUGGUCAGCGGGGCGGCCUUCCUGCUGCGGCAGACGCGCCGCUGCGGACAGUACGGCCGCUACGCGGAGCCGGGCGGUCGCUGCUGGCCCGCCGGCCCGGCAUGGUUCCUGCAGGAGGUUCCGGCCUUCCUGGUUCCGCUGCUGCUGCUGGUGGGUUUUGGAGAACCGGGCGCUGCCACCGGGAGGUCGCUGCUCGUCUGGACCUUCAUGCUGCACUACUUCUACAGGUCAGAGGGACCGAACCGGGACGGGUGGGAGGUUCUGGAAAGGUUCGGGGUGUUUUGGGUCAUUUAGUGACGCAGUGAGCUCAGGUCCAGAGUUUCGGAACCAGGGGCGCCGCCAGGAAUCUUGGGCCCCCUGACAAAAACUUUGUUCAACCUUUUCUGAGCCCAGGUACAUUGUUUUAAUUGAAACAAUCAGAGGAACACCACCAACCAAAAAUGUA